AUGGACGCCUUUCGAAUGACGAUCAAGGAGUUCCUGCAGGAGCAGCAGCACCAGCAACGAGCCCCACAGCUGCCUCAACCACAGCCACAGCAACCACAGCAACCACAGCAACAGCAACCACAGCAAGGCUUGGCCCUGUCAACGACAACGCAAGAACGCUUCGUGCCCACAACAGCGAUGGCUGAGCAGCCCAAAGACCAGCAACACGCUGUCAACCCUCCUCCUGCGAGCUCUUCCAGCACGGCUUUGGACUUGCCGCCACCCACACACGAGGAGGCUGCUGCGCCAUUGCCAGCGCAGCUGAUAGCAACAAGAGAAGGCGAGGGACAUGCUGUACAGCUCAAGACCACGAACAACGUGAACGGCCCGCGCCAAGUCAUGCCGUUCAACCUGCACACCACGGCAUCAAGCAAUGUCUUGCAAGCACCAAACAUCUGGGUACAACAGCAGCAGCGUCAAGAGCAUCAAGAGUACCAGCAAGGCGACCAGCACCAGCACCACCAACAACCCGCUCAUCAACAACAACACCAAAAGCAACAACAGCCACCACAAGAACCCCAGCAGCUACGACAAGAACCGCAGCAGCAGCAGCAGCAGCAGCAACAGCAGCAGCAGCAGUAUCUUCACUUUGUGUCACCGCCAACGACAAUCACGCCUGUAUUUAGGAACCAGGAUGAGGAUACCAAGGCCAUUGAUGCCGUUGCAACGUUCGUGGAUGGAGCUGCCGUCACCACCGCAGCUAUCACCGGCACCAACCCUGUGACGACAACUGCUGGCACUGGCACCAAGGUCAUCAACUCGCCAGAUUCAGCUGCCCACGCCACGCCUGCAUCCACUGCCACCGCCGACAUCCCUGCAAACAUUGACACUGCCACCCCAGCAUUCACGACCGGGGCUGUCACCCCAAGUACCGCCAUCGUUACUGAUGCAACCACCAGCACCAAUACUGUUGCUACCACGGCCAUCAACACGUCAGCAGAAGAUGAGCGGGAUAUGAUGAUUCUAAUGAAGGACCCAGAACCGGAGAAAGCAAUGACAACAAAACAGGAUGGGGAGGAGAAAGAGGAAGCAGACAAGUGA